AACAUCGACUCCGAUAAAAAUUAACAAAAAUUUAAUCUAAAAAGUGACUUGAGAUACAUUAUAUAAGUGUGUACAGAGACUUAGUGCUAAGGGAGCUGGUGAAGAUAAAAUACAGUGGAAACACAAAUAUCAAACUCAUAAAAACUCGAAUCAAACAUUGUGCAAACCAUCUACAAAGUUUUGAUCUCCAAGGCCUUCUGAGAGCAUUUAUGCGUCUUUUGAGACACAACACCUCAAGCCAGAACACACUUGUGUAAGUAAUAGUGAAAUUAUUAAAUCAAAGUGAAGAACAAAACAAGUGCAAACUAUCAUAUGAUAAUCGAUAAGAUUGUUGUUUUGGAAAUCAUCAUAGCUCCAAUCAGUGUAACAUCCCACGCGCCAUCUAUUACAACAGAAGCUAAUUACCACGUCACACUCAUCGACGUCAAGUCAAGAGCUAACUAAAACAAACACGCACCGCUAGAGGACAUCACUUGCAUCAUAACAAACCGUAACGAUGGAAGAAGUUUUAAACACGCUAAUUUCAAUAAAAAAAGAACUGGAAGAACAAAGAAUUGAAAUUAGAGAAACUGGAAAAAAUGUUACGGAAAAAGUUACACAAAAUAUUACUAGUAUAUUCGAGGAGAAAUUUUUGGUCUGGGAAGGAAAACUUGGAGAAAUGAAAGAAAAAGUGGAAAAUCAAGAAAAAAGAAUUCAUUACCUGGAAAAACAAACAAGAGUAAGAAACUUAGUAUUUUUCGGUAUCGAGGAAAACGAAACAUCAUACAAGAGUUUCGAAGAAAAUAUAAUUAAAUGGAUUGAGCAAUAUUUCUCUAUCAAACUAACCUACAGCGACAUUCAAGAGAUAAAAAGACUGGGAAAGAAACAAGAGAGACCACGUCCAACUGUUGUAACUUUCACUACACUAGGAAUAAAAAUCGAAAUAUUUAAACAAAAAAGAGCGCUGAAAGAUACACAGUACUAUAUGAAAGAAGACUUCCCCAAAUAUGUACUUGAAAAAAGAAAGGCACUACAGGAACAACUGAAAUUAGAGAGGGAAAAGGGAAAUACAGCUAUACUCAAAUAUGAUAAACUAAUUGUAUCAAAAUACCAAAGUAAAAGAAAAUACCGGUCAUCUCCAGACAAUACCCCACAAAUCAAUAUAGACAAGUAUACUCAGGCUAGUAAAAAAAACAAGACAAAGCAGAUUGGCAAGACAGUCACUAGGUCAAAUAGUAUCACAGAAGGAGUCAUAAAACCUAGCAUGCUCAACUUCUUAGUUAACAAAAAUACAAUCAAAACUAACAACAACCAAGAAAGUAACAGCGAGAAUAUAUAGCAACUAAGCCCCUCCUACCACAAAGAUGCCACAAUCGAACAAAAUAACAUACAAAAAAAAAAAUAUAAAUGUAUAUAAAAAAAUCUUCCAACCCGGUUGGUCACCGUGGAAGAAUACGACCAUAACCCUCCAGAGAAGUCACCAAUAGAGGAAAGAAAUACCCUAGAUAAAUAUAAACUAAGCAUUAAUGGGCAUCACUGGAGGAGGCCUUCACCCAAUCUGGGGUUCCAGUAGAUUAAAUAACUACAUAAUAUUAAGUAAACAUAACUAUAUAAUAUUAA